UUCCCAAUUCAUUCAGUCAAAUAACUGUACCAGAGGUGUUUCUAAGUCGAUAGUUGGAAGGAAAAUCAGAUUAGCGAAGUUACGGCCUCUUGUUGAACCUAGGCAGGGAAGGGUCACUGGUUGCACCAUAUUUUUAUAGAAAAUGGAUAGAUCUCCGCAGACUGAUCGCAAAGCCCAGUUUUACAGUAUACUAUCUCAGCUCACAAACUAAUCACAAAUAAGUUGCACCAUAUAGUAGAUCUUUGAUCCUAGCCCCCAGUGUUCUGUUCCUUUUCCAUAUUACCUUGUUCUGAUGGUAUAAUACUUUGUCAGACGUCAUGGAUGCAUCACGUCUUAUUUUGUGGUGUCAGAAAAUGCUGCUCUGUGCCGUAAGCUUUUUGAGCAAACCAUGUUUCUUUACUCAUAUGCAGGUAUAAUGGGGCGAUUUUCACGAUUCAAGUCUCGUCGUGGGAAACAAGCUGAAGCUGAGAAUAAUGCGGAGAAUGAUGAUGGAGGGGCCCGUAGUAAUAGUGAGGGUGGAGGGGAUGGAAGCCCUUCUGAGUACUUAAACCUCAACCAAAAUGAUGAGGCGCCAGCUCAGACUGAGGAAGAGACCACGAUAUCAGCUGCCAGUAGGGCCAAACGAGGUCGGAACAAGAUGCCUAAGGGUCGGUCUCUUAUUACCGAGCUCGAUGAAUUAGGUGAGCCCGUCGCUCCUGUCAAUGUGAUGGGGCCAUACAAGUCAGCUAUUGGGGUGGUGGUGAAGGAAAAUGUGCCCAUCACGUACAGGUAUUGGAAUGCGAAGGAUAAGACUUGGGUGGUACCAGACUCAAUCAAGGAAAUAUGUUGGGGCAAGUUGAAAGAAAAGUUCAUCUUCCCCGAGGAUUCAGAGCCAUUAGCACGGCGUCGAGCACUGUUUCUCAUGGGCAACUCUUUCAGAUACUUCAAAUUUACCUUGAACAAGCAUGUGAAGAAUGAAACUGAGCCAGAUUGGAAGGAUUUUCCGAACCAAUGA